AAGAAAGAGCUUUAUUUACACAUCUUCUACCGCUUCUGUUAUACAGAAAUCAGGUAGAGCCAUAAAUGGCAAAGCCGGUAUCGAUUGAAGUAUGGAAUCCAAGCGGCAAAUAUAGAGUUAUUAGUACCAAAUCAAUGCCUGGAACGAGAUGGAUCCGACUCUUAACCGACCAAGAUUGCCGCGUCGAAAUUUGCACUGAGAAGAAAACCAUCUUGUCCGUCGAAGAUAUUCUCGCUCUGAUUGGCAAUAAGUGCGACGGAGUGAUUGGACAGUUGACAGAAGACUGGGGAGAGGUACUAUUCUCAGCACUGAGCAGGGCAGGAGGGAAGGCUUUCAGUAAUAUGGCCGUCGGAUACAACAAUGUGGAUGUGAAUGCUGCUUCUAAGUAUGGGAUUGCUGUUGGCAAUACUCCUGGUGUUCUUACAGAGACAACAGCUGAGUUAGCGGCUUCGCUAUCACUGGCAGCUGCCAGGAGAAUAGUUGAAGCAGAUCAGUUCAUGAGGGCAGGUUUAUACGAUGGAUGGCUUCCUCACUUGUAUGUUGGUAAUUUACUGAAGGGGCAGACGGUCGGAGUGAUUGGAGCAGGUCGUAUUGGAUCGGCAUAUGCUAGAAUGAUGAUUGAGGGUUUCAAAAUGAACCUCAUAUACUAUGAUCUGUAUCAGGCUACUCGACUUGAGAAGUUUGUAACAGCUUAUGGGCAGUUCUUGAAAUCCAAUGGUGAGCAACCUGUGAUGUGGAAAAGAGCUGCUACCAUGGAAGAUGUCCUCAGAGAGGCUGAUGUGAUUAGCCUUCAUCCAGUUUUGGAUAAAACUACGUAUCAUCUGAUUAACAAAGAACGCCUUGCGAUCAUGAAGAAGGAAGCUAUCCUUGUGAAUGCAAGUAGGGGCCCUGUGAUCGAUGAAGCAGCCCUAGUGGAGCAUCUGAAAGUGAAUCCCAUGUUUCGAGUUGGUCUUGAUGUGUUCGAGGAUGAACCUUUCAUGAAGCCCGGACUAGCCGACCAGAAAAAUGCCGUCAUCGUACCCCACAUUGCUUCUGCUUCCAAGUGGACUCGCGAAGGAAUGGCCACUCUUGCAGCUCUAAAUGUAUUGGGAAAAAUCAAAGGGUACCCAAUUUGGUCUGAUCCAAAUCGUGUAGAACCGUUCAUGGAUGAGAAGUCUCCAGCUCCAGCUGCAUGCCCCAGCAUCGUCAAUGCAAAACAACUCGGCCUAACCACUUCGAAGCUUUAAGUGGGAAAUCGAAUAUAUGCAUCGUUUAAAUAUAGAAUUAUGUACAGUGAAGGUGGAAUGGGCUUUAAUGGGCUUUUGUUUUCCUGGAAGAAGAGUUGCUAAGACUGUAUUUGUAUCUCUUAUUACGUAUUGACCAGCUUCUCGUAUCAAAAUUUAAGAUCUUUCAAGCA